AUGAACAUUGAAUCUUUGUCCUAUCUAGUUCAAUCCAUUGCUGGAUCCUUGUCCAGUUUAGUUCAACGAAUUGAAAUUGACAUGUCACUUACUGAAACUGUGUUAAGAAAAUUACAAAUGUCUCUUGCAAAAUAA